UUCAGCAUCCUCAUUUGUGUUUACCGUGGCAAAAUGUACGCAUAUCGAAUAAUUGCAAUAUAGUUAAUUAAUAUAUCAAAAUGAAUAUUUUGAAAGUGUAUUUUUUCACUGUUCUAUUGACUUUUUGUGCGUUUCAGACAUGCUCUGCAACCUCUAUUUUAAAACCUGCGCGAGUGAGAGCACGUUACUUAAUGAAACCCGUAUUGAAUAAUGAUUACGAUGAAGACAAUAUAGAAAAGGACAUGCAUCUCAAAACAAUACAUACAGUGUAUUAUCCUAAUUCAAAGGAACCAAUACGCUUUGAUUGUCACAAAUAUAACAAUAUUCUGUACACUUGUACUUAUGAUAACUCCCAUAGAAAACCAUCUUACACUACCUGGCAACACUUCUACGAUUGCAAUUCCAAUGUUGGGCCCGAACUGAAGAUAAAAGCUGAGAUGGUGAAAUAUCAGUUUUAUUUAGAAAGUUUCGACAAUAAUACUUUUUUGAGGGUAAUGCCUGAACGUCUUCAAUCCAACAAAAUUGUUUUCAAAUCUUAUGUUAAACCAAGUGAUGAAAAUAUAAGCAAAUUAACAUUCACAGACAAGAAAGACGUCAUAUUUGACUGUGGAGAAUAUUCAAAUAACGCUAAACAUGUUUAUGUGGGAUUAAUAAAUACAAGAAAACAUAAGAUUGAAACAAUGAAUACAACAAGGAUGGUUAAAAAACUUGGUAAAGAACACAACGGCAAUAUGCUGUGUUGUUUAUUUUAUACAAUUUAUGAAGAGCUUAAUGAGAAACAAGUGGUUCGAUACGUGAGGAAUAAGACUUUGUUGGUGUUUAAUCAAAAUUCAAAUGAAAGCUGUACAGGCAAAAGCUGCGCAGAUAAGAAAUCUGAUAAUAAUCCGGUUUCAGAGGGUCUGCUAAAAAUGAUAUUUGGACCUGAUAAUUCAAAUAAAACUGAUAAGACUUCUAACGUUAUUGAAAACAGUAAUAAAAUAGCAAAAACAGAAAAAGAUUUACAAGAUUUUUCAGAUAGAUGUUCAGACGCAAACUGCGCUGUUGAGGAAUCUGAUAAUAAUCCGGUUUCUGAGGAUCUGCUAGAAAUGAUAUUUGGACCUGAUAAUUCAAAUAAAACUGAUAAACCUUUUAACGUUACUGAAUACAGUAAUAAAAUAGCAAAAACAGAAAGAGUUUUAAACGAUUUUUCAGAAGGAUGUUCAGACGCAAACUGCGCUGUUAAGGAAUCUGAUAAUAAAACGGUUUCAAGGGCACUAUUGCAGAAUAUAUUUGGACCCAAUAAUUUAAAUAAAUCUGAUAUGUCUCCUAACGUAAUUAAAAACACUAAGAAAGUCACAAAAUCAGAAAGAGCUAAAUUAACUAAAAGUACUUCUAUGGCAACACAAACUGAUUUUGAUGAAAUACAAGACUUUAUUUUAUCGAAAAACAUGACUCCAAUUGCCGAUUCUCACGUUACCAGAAAUCCUGCAGUGCUAUAUACAUCUAUCACUGCCGCAGUGCUCAUUCUUGCAGUCGCAAUAAUAAUUGUAGUUAGAAAACGUUGUUUUAAUAAGACGCCCUCAUCAUCAGAACCAAAACCUGCACCAAGGAAACGAAAGGAACCAUUUUAUUUGAAUAUGCUGUUUCGCAAAGAAUGUGACAAAGAAAUUGAGGCUCAACGACAGGAACAGGAACCGGUGUAUGAAGAGAUUUCGUGAAUAAAACGAAACUAUUAUUUGCACUAAUUGUCUGAAUUCUUAUUCUAAUAAUAAAAUAUUACACAUGAUUA